AUGACUAACGAAAGUGAACGUUUUGAAAUUGAACGUAUCGUUGAUAAAAGGUAUCGAAAUGAUCGAUUAGAAUAUCUUAUUAAAUGGCGGGGUUAUCCAGACAGUCAAAAUACAUGGGAACCUUCUAAUAAUAUCGAAGGUGAACAAGAAUCAGAAUUACUUGCUGAAUAUGAAACACAUAAUAAACAACAACAAAAAAUACUUAAUUCUGGAUCACGAUCUGCAAUAAAUACAUUAUCGCCAAAUAAGCAUAGAAAUGAUGAAGUCAUAAAUAAUGCAAUGAAAAAACGGCCAUUUGGAAGUAGUGGUUUACAAUCAUUAAAUACAUCGAAUGGUUUUGAUCGAGGAUUUGAAGCUGAAAAAGUUUUAGGUGCGACGGAUUCUGCUGGUGAACUUAUGUUGUUAGUAAAAUGGCGUCAUUCCGAUGAAGCUGAUCUUGUUCCAGCACGGAUUGUUAAUGUUAAAUGUCCUAGACUUGUUAUUGAAUUUUAUGAACAACAUUCAUUUUGGGUUCGAUUACCAAAAAUAAAUCAAAAUGCUGCUUCUACGAUACGAUAG